AUGCAUUCCCUUACCAGCAAAGAAAGUGGCCUUGCCACGAGUCACCGGAAAGCUUCGUUUACGCGGCGCUCGGCCAAGCAUAAUCGUUUUUCUGACAGAUGGCCAGUACUAAAUAAAAUUAUUCGGACGAGUAAGGUUGCCGUCGAAUCAAAAGAACAACCGCAACCUGAACUAGACGAUCCGGACGCCCUGAGCGAUGACGAAGACGGCGAAGGCGAUGCUGUAAUUAUUCAUACGAACGUUCUGCAUAACCUUGAAAAGGACGUGCGAUAUCAACAACGUGUCAUUCACCCUGCAUCUCCAAAGUAUCCUUCUCCAUUAUCAGGUGCAAGACCUAUGAAAAGACUGCUCUUAUCGCGGCAUAACUACCCACAUCGAGGAUACUCUCAUUCAGCUUUAUAUCAUUGCCGUGAGCUUUGGAGAAGGCGAAAAUGCGAAUGGGACGACUACGAGUAUGCACUCUGGCAGUCGGGUGUUUCCCUGGAAGAUGUUUAUGAUGGUAUAGUUGACAUGACAGGAAAUGCCUCCCAAUCGCUGACCCCUCAUGUCACGGCCGGCCCAUGGCAUAGAAAAUCAAAUCUAUCGUGCAAAAAGGAGCAAGAAACGACAGCCCAAAGUCCAGCUCCCCUCAAUCCCGCUAUUUUUCCACGUCUAGGUGAUCUAUCUUCAGCUCGUGACCCAUUUCUCAUAUCUGUAGACACCUGGUUCGCGGACUUCCCACUUUGGACGCUUUCUAAAAUGAUCUGGAUAUACGAUGUCAACCAUCGUGCUAAUUUCAGCGCUGGGAAGUGUGAGCCAAUGCAACUGAGUAGCAGCUUUGUGAAGGACUUCGAUGAAGGUGACUCCUUCGCGGACACACUGUCAACUUCGUAUACUAGUGACACGACUCUGGUUAGCAUGACUCCUGUGACUCCUCGUUCUCCGAAAGAUACAGCCACUACUCCGUCGCAACCCAGAAAUCUCUGCUCUGAAACACGCUUGACUUCAUCUGCCUCGCUUGAUUUGACUAGUUCAACUCAUUGUCCUAGACUCUGGGAAAGAUGCUGGUUCUCGCGCUGGGAAGUACUGUAUAACCAAAUUGGCCUUGCAGCAGAUAUUGCGGCCUCGUCGGAGGACCCUUUGCAUUGUGCCGACUCAAGCAAGGAGGCCGCAAGGAUUAUCCUUACUACGGCAGGCAUUCUUUACGAUGCCGAUCGCAACAAAGCCAAAGAAAAUGACACCAAUGACCAAAGACCUACUGCCGAGCGGCGUCGUGUAGUUCCUAUGGAAGAAGAGGAGGACGACUAUGGGGAAGUCAUAUGUUCGUCGAAGUCAGCUUAUCGGCUCGGAGCGCAAGUAGACCCUCUGUCCAUGUUCGCAACGGCGACAACGGAGUACCUAGAUCCUUUUCUUGCUUCGAUCCCGAGUUCCGGAGAUGCCGACUCCGUAGCAUCGCACUUUUCGAGGGACUAUGCUUCUGAAAUUGCAGAUAUGUGUAAUCAUACCGUCAUCUCAAGGUCCCGUCGAUAUCAGUUCUCGCACGAAUGCACAAGUGUAAUAGGUCUCCGGCGAUUAUGCCUGAGAGCUUUUGCCGGAAACGUGAAAUCAGAAGAACUAGCAGAACCAGAACCAGGAGAAUUCGACAUCAUUUUCUCUAUUCCACAUGGAUCCAUACUGUACGAACUGCUGCGGUUGGAAGCACUUCAGCUACAAUGUCGCCCCGAGUCCGAGAAUUCGCACGACGGGAAUUCGUCCCGAAAGUACCAGCACGAAGAUUGCGAAGACUACCAGGUCCACAAUGAAAGGAAUGACUUGACCCCACCUUCGAGCGAUUUCCGAGUCGGAUAUCGCUUUACGCAGCAAUCUUCCACGUCAGUCUUCGCGGUUCACAAAGGAACGCCCGAUGGGAGCGGUUAA